AACUAGCUGGCUUUGUCUGCAUCCUGCGCUCUGCGCUGGCUGCUGUAAUCCAAAGGUUACAGUGCAGGAUUAGCAUGGGUGUACAAAGCCCUUCCUAAUCUGUGAGUCAUUACCCCCUCACUGCAUUUCACUUCCCAGCAGCUCUGGGCAGGCAGGAUAUGUUGGCUCUUGAGUCUUCAGUUUCCCCAUUCUUCAGUUUGGGGAGGACCGGGUCAGGACGUAACAUCUGCUGGACAUCCUCCCCAGGGCUCUGCUGCUGAGCCACUCCUUGGAUGCUGUACACAGCGCACAUCGCAAGGCGCGUGCCCAGGAGCAAUCACAAUGGCAGCAUGGGUCCCAGCUCGCCAGAGGUGAAACCCGGAGCUGCCCAGUCCCAUGUGAGUGCUGCUGCAUGAGAUCCCGUGCCCUCCCAGCUCCCGCAGCCCCCUGACACCUGAUGAUACAGCGAGCCAUGGGCAGCGUCCGAGUCAACCGAUACAGCAUCGUCUCGACUGAAGAGGAUGGGCACAAGGUUUCUGCACUGGGCAGCAUGAAUGGGCACAGCCGGAAUGGGAAGGGCCAUGCCCCACGAAGGAAGCACCGCAACCGUUUUGUGAAGAAGAACGGCCAGUGCAACGUCUACUUUGCCAACCUGAGCAACAAGUCUCAGCGCUACAUGGCUGACAUCUUCACCACCUGUGUGGACACGCGCUGGCGGUACAUGCUUAUGAUCUUCUCUGCCGCCUUCCUGGUCUCCUGGCUCUUCUUUGGGUUCCUCUUCUGGUGCAUUGCUUUCUUCCAUGGUGACCUCAGUACACCGGCAGUGGGAGGUGGUCCCUCUCUCCUCAAGCCCUGCAUCAUGCAUGUGAACAGCUUCCUAGGGGCUUUUCUUUUCUCAGUGGAGACACAGACAACCAUUGGGUAUGGCUUCCGCUGUGUGACUGAGGAGUGCCCACUGGCUAUCAUGGCAGUUGUGGUCCAGUCCAUCGUGGGCUGUGUUAUUGACUCCUUCAUGAUUGGCACUAUCAUGGCCAAGAUGGCAAGGCCCAAGAAGCGGGCCCAGACCCUCCUCUUCAGUCACCAUGCAGUCAUCUCUGUGCGGGAUGGCAAACUGUGCCUCAUGUGGCGGGUGGGCAACCUGAGGAGGAGCCACAUCGUAGAGGCCCAUGUCCGAGCCCAGCUUAUCAAGCCCUACAUGACGGAGGAAGGGGAAUACCUCCCCCUGGACCAGCGGGACCUAAAUGUGGGCUACGACGUGGGCCUUGAUCGUAUAUUUUUGGUCUCACCCAUUAUUAUCGUUCAUGAGAUUGAUGAGGAGAGCCCACUCUACGGGAUUGGCAAGGAGGAGCUGGAGACAGAGAACUUUGAGAUUGUUGUUAUCCUGGAGGGGAUGGUGGAAGCCACAGCCAUGACCACACAGGCACGAAGCUCUUACCUUGCUAGUGAAAUCCUUUGGGGUCAUCGUUUUGAACCAGUUGUGUUUGAGGAGAAGAACCACUACAAAGUGGAUUAUUCACGCUUUCACAAGACCUACGAGGUAGCUGGCACGCCUUGCUGCUCAGCCCGGGAGCUGCAAGAAAGCAAGAUGACUAUCCUACCUUCUCCUCCACCUCCUAGUGCCUUCUGCUACGAGAAUGAGCUGGCUCUUGUCAGUCAAGAUGAAGAUGAAGAUGAUGAUGAAGUGGGUGUGGUGUUAGGGGGCAACACGAAGGAGGAGGCAGGUGUCAUCCAGAUGAUGGAUUUUGGAAGCCACCUGGACCUGGAGCGGCUCCAGGCAACUCUGCCCCUAGAUGCAAUCUCAUACCGCAGGGAGUCGGCCAUCUAACCCCUCCAGCCUCCCCAUUCCACACCUGUCACCCACCAUCUCCUUCUCUGUUCUGCACCCAUAUGUAGCUGGAUAAGUCCCUUGCCCACCAAAAAAUGCCUCCUGUGACUGCCUCUCAGCCCCUGUGUACAUCAAGGCCUGGAGCUGCUCUGAUAUACUCCCUUCCCCAUGAAGUCAUACUGCCUGGAAAAGGAGUGAGGGUACACCACUCCUCCUGUAUGUGCAGCUUGUGCUAGGACCCCCUUCCCGCCCGGAGACAGGAGAGCAGCACGCCUGGUUUCUCAUCUCUGGAGAGGUGACAGGAGUCCCUGCCCUCAACAGGCAGGCUGGGACCCGCAGCGAGUGUUUCUGCUGCGGAGACAACAGCAGACUUUCUGUCCCCUCUCGACAUGGGUAGGCCCCAUGACUGUCCAGAGUCAUGACCAUCACUAGGAGAGAAGCAAUGCCCAAGACCUGACCAGAUGAGGAUGGAUGGGAGAGAUCAGGACUCCUGGAGGGAGUGGGGAAGGAUCUUAAGGAAGGGGUUUACUUGCAUGUUUAUUUCGUGUUGCACAUGACUCUUUCUUUGUAUAUAAAACAGAAUGAGAACUGAAAUCCAUAUUCUUCCACUGCAAAUGCCAAGCUAGGAGACAAGGACACUCCGCAUAGCCUACUCAGCAUUCUCCUUGGCUUUUGGCAUAUGUCGUCUCCAGAAGCAGCUCAGCUCCACGGACUCAGACCCAGUUCUCCCAGACUUCAUGAAAAAUACACCCUGCUCCUCUCCUGAGAUUCCUGGCAGAGGAGGCAGGGCCCUGUGCUUGCACACUCAGACUGCUCCCUGGCACAGUGUGGCCAGGAUGACAGACAAGUGACCUGACUGGACAGCAGACCCUCAACUUGCUCCUUUCACCUCCUCCAUUCUUCUCCCUGCUGCCAUCAGCUGUAAAACUGAAUUUGUAACUAUUUAUUUUUAAUAAAGUCUAAUAUCCAGGGGGAGGUGUGGAAGCAAAGGAGAGAUCCCAAGGUAUAGAAACCAACGACAGUUACUAGUGCUGGUGUUUGCUGUUUGUAUGGUGUUGGUGCCCAGGAGCUCCACCAAGAGCACCCCCUUGUUCUAGGCCUCUCUGGUAAAGACCUAAAAUAAGAAGCUCACAGAGUUUGCUCAGGGAGAAGAUCAUACAGAAUGUAGGUAGGUAGGUAAUCAUUUGCUCUAAAAUUACCUGGAUCAAACAAUCCCGCUCGGUCUGGAGAUAACAAGAGUUUUGCUCAGGGAAGGGUUAUAAAUACGCUUGAUGAAGAGACAAAGAUGUGUAAGACAUUGCUCUAGAUAUAAGGCUCAAAACCCCCUCCAAAACCAAAAAACCCUAAGCCUCCUUUUUUUCUAGAGGCAAGUAAGAACUAAGGGAAAUGAGGGAGGACAUCAACCAGAGCUAAACCCGUAACAUCACUUGGCUGUCAUUUCACAGAAGACACAAAAACCUGAUGAGCCUUUUCCUUUAGGAGCAGCAGAAUUACUCCUUGAAAACUGUAGAUGGUACAAGGACAGGAAGACAAACAGGUAGCUCAGGAAGCUGCUCAGGGCAUCCAACAGUUGUGCUGUGGAGGGAAUGGCUGAAGAAAUGAUGUCCCACCCAACCCCUGAUCUACAAAGCAGAAAAACAGCAUCUCAGUAUCAAUUUGGAAUUGGUUCAAGAAGCAAGAGGAAGCGGAGAAGAAGCAGAAGGGGAAGGAAGGAAAUAGCAGGAGUGAGAGGAAGAAGCAGGCACAGCAGGCGGGCGGAGGAGGAGGAAGCGAAAAAGAAGAGAAAAUGAGGUAAUAAGGGAGUGCAUUUGCGAAAAAGUGGGGAUAGACUAACAAGACUGGUCUAGACCCAGACACGGCCAUUUCUUGUCACAGCACAUAGGUUCUGUGGGGGGACAGCUGCCCUGCACAGGUUUGCUCUGUGCCCAAGCAGUGAUCUGACACCUUUGGGAAGCCUUGUCAAGAGGGGAAGAGGAGCUGAUGAGAGGAUGAGAGAAGAGCAAACAGGUGACAACUGAGGAGCAGAGCAUCAGGGGAGGGUGGGGGGAGAAAGGAAAGGCAUCACUCCUGACACCUCCCUCUCCUCCCCUCAGGUACAGACUGGGGACAGGAGCUCAUGAGUCCUGGUGUCUCCUGGCUUUUCCCAUGUAUGACUUGAUACACAGCCUCAUUUUUCCACGUGUGUCCCCGUCCCACCUCUCCUCCCCACUGCUAAUUAAUGAAGUCCCUCCCUCCUUUUGUUAUUUAUUUAUUUUCCCCCAGAGGGAAUAAGCAGGGGCUGGUAUUGACCUGGCUUUUAAUACAGCUUUCAGAGCCGGGUGCCUGCCACUGGCCAUGGCAGUGGAAACAAACUAAUGGACCGAGAGAGGACUCUGUGUGCGAGGACACGGGCAUCCAGGACACAGGCUGGGGUGGUGGCCUCCAGGACAGGGGGGAACCCGCGUGGCUGGGUACGCUCCCACUGAAGUACAGCAUCCCUCAGAGGUGGAUGGCAGUGCUUGGUGGGGGUGAAGUGCCCACAGCCUGUUAGCUCUUGGAAGGCUCACCUCCAAGGAGAGAGUGCCCAGCAAAGCCAGGCAAGUAUGGGGCAGCUGAAAUACACUAGGGCCAUGGGCGAGCACAGCUGGGGUGUUGAGGUGGCACACAGGCCAGCACUGCCACCCCUUGCUUCAGCUGGUGGGGCCCUGGGGGGGAAAACUGGAAAAAGGUUGCAAUGAGGUUAAGGGAAGAAGCAUCACGCGGCCAUGCUGGUAUCCCAGCCCACUCCAUAUGUUUCAGCCUGCUGGCCCUUUUCACGUCAUGUUUGGCAACAUGGUGGAGAAGACACCAAGGCACUGAGGAAAACCCAGCUAAACCCCUGCUGUUCCCAAUAAAACUGGGAGAAAGCUGGCAACACUGUCACAUCAUUAGAGAGGGGAGAGAGCUGAGGAGGACCCAAGUGAGGAGAGGCUGAGGAGACAGGGCAGAGGGAAGGAGAGGAACAGCCAGAGUGUGGGAGAACAGAGGUGAGGGGUAAACCUCUGUCCAUCAGCUGCUCCUCCUGCAUCUGUGCUUAUGUUACCAAAAUGGCAUGUUCCUUGGGUACACACAGCCCAUCUGACUGCCCGGUGCAGUCACUCCUCCUAAUAAAAAGUGCUCUCCUGCCUCUGCAAGCUGCACGCAUGCCCACAGGCUUUGCGGAUACACAGCAGUACACACAUCCUUCUGCAAGGUACUUCUGUAUGCUCAAAUUACAGGGUAUUCAUGCCCAAGUACCCACUGCAUGUACCUACAUGCAUAUGCCACACAUGGGGGCAUAACCCAUCCUACACCACAACUUCAUCCCAUAAACACCCAAUGACAUGCGCACAAAUGCCAUGUGACGGCAGCAUCUAUCUCAGUAAGUGCCUCUGGUUGUAUGCCGGGGACUCCUUUAUGCAGCCUGUGAAAGACCACCAGGAGAAUCCACCUUGGAAGGCUGUUUGCUAUAAAGAAGACUGGACAUUUUUAAGCAAUCUGCAGAUCAGCUCUCCAAGCCAUUCACAACUGUAACCACAACUGCUAUUUUGGCUUUUGCAUACAAUAUGUGGAACAUCACCUUUCAGGUCGGUGACACCGUCUAGGCCUGUGCUCUCCAAGAAGACACCUCUAUUGCACACCAGGGCACGACGGCCCUGGGCUCGUCCUUCCUCCAGGGUCUGAUGGAGGGGCUGUUUUCCCAAGACCUCCCCCUAAUCUCAAGGGGCUGGCAGCUUGCUUUUCAGGAGGAAGACACUGCUUCUGCUUCUUUAUCUGCCCACAACCUAUAUUUCUUUCCUGUCCUACUUCUGAACUUCUUGUUUGGCUCAUUAUUGAAAACUAUUCAAAUACCAGAAAGAUAAUGGGGAGAGGAAGGACUUUUUCCCUAUGAAUAAGAUCCAGGCAAUGGUUCAGAUCCUCCACCCCAUGACAACUACGCUGCUGUCAGUCUUGCCAGCUUUCAAAUGAAUAUUGUUGUUGUUUUAAAUGACACUUGAGAAACUUGUUUCAUAUUUUAUUUUUGGUGACACUUUUGGACAACCCUUUUGAAAAGAAACUGUCAUUGGCACCUUUCAACUCACCCAAAACUUGCUCAGCAGAACAUUUUGAUACACACUGCAACUAAAAAUAAUUUCAAGAAACACAACAAUAAUUUCAAACAGGGAGAAAAUGGGUUUGGAUUUCCAUGAUCAGGAAAUGGUGUUGAAAAUAAA